GGUAAUUCUCUAGGAAUUGGAACGAAUAAUGGUUACACAUUUAAUGCUGAAUUGAAAAAAUCUAAAAAAGAGAUCAAGAAGAAUAAUGAUUCUGAAGAAAGUCCUAUCAAAAAAUGUAAAGACAUUACAAACUCUAGAAAACAAGGUGAUAGUAUUUUUCCAUUUUCAUCUCAUCAUGCAUA